AUGUGUGAACAACCACUUAUAAAUUAUUGCUCGCAUAGGAACGAGCAACUUACGAACAGUACCACCACAUCAUAUUUAUCACCUAUGAAUCUGCUUGCGGUUACAUUUUGGCGCUUGAAACAGUAUCAUUCUGAACGUCAUAUGGCUUCAGAAUUGAAUUUAAGUCAACCAGCAGUGAAUUAUUUCUUAUCAGCAGUUGUGGAUAUUUUACAUUUCUGUGUAUAUCCAGAAUUGAUUUCAUUAUCUGCUGAAAUGGUUAAUAGAAGAACUCCACAUGGACUUCAACGAAAUCAUAAGUUAAUAGUUGAUUUGACUUUUAUUGCAAUACCUGAACCUUAUGAUUCAGAACAACGGAAAGCAUAUUAUCAUGCGAAAAGUUCAACAAAUUACGCAUUAAAAGUACAAGUAGCUUGUGAUUUUCAUCAUCGAAUUGAACACGUAUCCGAAUGUUAUCAUGGAAGUGUACGUGAUAUUACAAUUUUAAGAGAGUCAGAUCUAUUAGAACAUGUAAACGACUCUGUGCAAAUUAUUGCCGCAAAGGAUAUGUUGGCGAAGAGUACCCAAGGGAACAAAAAUAAAGGAAGACGCCAACAUGACUAG